CAAGAAAGAAAAGAAUGGAAUGAGAGUGAUGAUUUGUUAUUAAAAGAAGGAGUUUCAAUGUACGGACAAAAUUGGCAAGCCGUGGCAAAUCAUUGUGGUAGAUCUUCAAAUCAAUGUAUUAAUCGAUGGAGUAAGACUUUAAGACCUGAUAUUAAGAAAGGUAAAUGGGAUGCGAAUGAAGAUGAAGCUUUAAGGAAUGCGGUUGCAGCUUGUGGAAUGGUUUGGAAAGAUGUGGCUCCUAGAGUUAGAGGUAGGACUGAUGCACAGUGUCGGGAGAGGUGGUGUAAUAUUUUGGAUCCUAGGAUCGUGGUUGGGAAUUGGACUUCUGAGGAAGAUGAAAAGAUUUUAAGGUUGAGGAAUCAGGAAUCUAAAACUUGGUCUGAGAUUAGUAAAAGUUUUAAUGGUAGAAGAACUGAUAAUCAUUGUAUGAGAAGGUAUUCAGAAUUAACUAAAUCAGAUCCAAAAAGAAAACAAAAGAAUUCGCGAUCAAAUCCCACCAAAUUUAAUAGAGUGAUUCAAUUAAACCCGACUGGAAGUAAAUCGAGCUCAUUAAUCGAUCGAAUCCAACCUGAACUUUUAUUAGCCAGUAGUAGUAAUCAUCAUCAUCAUCAUCUUCUGAAUCAUAAGAAUAAGAAUCUCCUCAAUCCUCGAUCCUGUAGUUGUAGUUCAAAUAAUCUUAGUUGUAGUCAUAAAUCUUCGACUAAUCUUGCUCUGGGUUUGACCCUUGGAAGUGGUGGGGUGAAGAGGGUAAGGGAUUUGGUUGGGGAUGAAGGGAUUAGUGGAUCUGUUUUGAAAAAACCUAGAUGAUCAUUUCACAUUUCACAUUUCAUUUUUUUUCCUUUUUGCUUUUUGAGAUGGAUCAUUUUUAAUUUUUGGUUGGUUGGUUUGUUUAAAAGCACAGUGAGAAAAGGUUUAGGGUUUUUUUUUGAGUAGUGAGCUACUUAGGCAUUGAUAGGUUUAUUGGUUAGUUUUGUAUGAUUUAGGUUAAUGGUUUGAGAGGUUAAUUCAUUCAUUGCACAUUGGGAGGAG